AUGCGGAUAUGGAGUGUCUAUCAUGAUCAUACCAUCUCACUCUACGAAGCUCUAGUCAACAUGCUAUCAUUAGGCUUGACGCUCUUGUUCUCAGGGACGGCAACCCUUGCCUCCCGGGACACCUUCUAUCCGCCUCUGAACCACACCACAUUCGUCACCAACACCUCCUACGGCACUUAUGGCGGCAUCUACACUGCUCCCGCUGAUAGUGCUAGCUCACCGUCCGCCGAUGAUGUCUACAAUUACUGUUCCAUGCCUCAUCCGCGCGGUGAGACCUACUCUCUGCCGCCCCCUGUUGCAAAUCAUUCCAUCAAGGCUAAGCUGGUAUAUCUUGAAUACUUGCAGCGCCAUCAACGGCGGACUCCUUACAAUAUCCUUCCUGAAGGAGAGGAUCAAGAAUACAACUGCGACAACAUCGAUCCGCAUGUCUACGCCGCGCCAGCUUCGCAGCACCCGUCGCCAGUCGCUGUCUAUGGCCAAACCUACUCAGACCCGUCCAACCCGUAUCUUGCCACCUAUGUGAAUAGGUCCUGUCAGUACCCCCAACUCACUCUGGGCGGCUUCCUCGACGGCUACCAGCACGGCCGUGAUCUCCGGGCCGUCUACGGCCGCCGGCUAGGCCUCAUCCCCUCAGUCCCAGACCAGAAGAGAGUCUGGUUCCGCUCCAGCUCCUCGGCCCUGACACAGGGCUCCGCUGGCGCUGUCCUACGCGGCCUCUGGCCAGAGUACCACGAGCCGAUUCCAGUGCACCAGCAAGCCUCCGCCGUCGACACAGUCAACCGGGGAUUCCCCUGCUCCGCGCGCAACACCCUCCUAUCCGCAAUUCAAUCCACUGCCGAAUGGAACGAGCAUCUCACUGUCACGCAGACCCUCCGUGAUAAACUCACAGCCAUGUUCGACGCGCAGGACGAGUCCUCCUGGACCUCGAACUUCGACCACUUCGCGGACAAUUUCCAGGCCCGCCUGUGUAAUGGGUACAGGCUGCCUUGCCGCGUCCAGGACCGGACGCAGUGCGUGACCGCAGCCCAAGCGGAUGAGGUCUUCCGCGCCGGUGACUGGGAGUAUAAUUACAUGUGGCGGCGGAACGCAAACGCGACACGGUACAUCCAGGUCAUUGAGGGUUUGUUCAUUGGAGAGAUAGUACGGAAGCUCGAGGCAGUCGCGGAAGGUGCAUCUGAGCUGGCGUAUAGCCAUAACUUUGUGCAUGAUGGGGAUAUCUCCCCUAUUCUGGGCGCGCUGGGGAUCACAGCGAUGCGGUGGCCCGGGAUGGGCUCGAACAUCGCAUUUGAGGUUUGGAAAACGUCUACUUCGGAAUACUUCGCCCGCGUCCUGUACAGCGGCCACGCCAUUGAAACAAUUCACGGGCGGCUGGACUGGAUCCCCCUGUCGAGAUUGCUAGAUAUCCUACGCCCUUUUAGCCCGGAAGAUAUCAAAUCGUUGUGUAAUUAA